AUGUCUUUGUCAAAUACAACUGUAAAUUUAAUUACAUCGUUGAACAUUGCAGCAACUUCUAUCAAUCGUUAUGUAUCUAUUUUCAUCUAUAUAUUUGGUACAAUUGGUAAUCUUCUUAAUAUUCUUGUGUUAAGUCAACGAACUCUUCGUUCCAAUCCAUCUUCUAUUUUCUUUCUCUUCUCAUCAAUCGCUGGUCUAUUUGUCAUUAUUAGUGGUCUCACUGGUCAAAUGUUGUCAAGUUAUGCAGCUGAUCUAACUUUGACUAUCGAUUGGAUUUGUAAACUUCGAAGUGUUGUCCUAUAUAGUUCAAGAACAAUAGUCUUAUGGUUAAUUGUAUCAGCAAGCGUUGAUCGAUGGUUAUCAUCCAGUAUAACAGUGAGACUACGACAAAUGACUACCAUGAACAAUGUUUGGAGAAGUAUAUUUGUUGUUCUUCUUUAUACAUGUCUUCUCAAUGCUCCAAUAGUCUAUUGCUUUGAAGCCAAUCAAACUCAACCUCCACGACCAUGUUAUGCUUCAACAUAUGCUUGUCGUCUGAUCACAGGUCUAUUGUAUGCAUUUGGUACUAUCCUAUUACCACUAUUAUUGAUGAUUAUUUUUGGAUUGAUGACUAUUAAGAAUGUGCAUCAGGCACGGAUUCGUGUACAAAUAGCGGAUAAUUUAGACUUUAAUCAUGUAAAUAUGAGAACAGUAUCAACUAGAAAUGGACUAUCAAAUUUGAGAAAAUUAGAUCAAUAUUUAAUUAAAAUGCUUCUCCUGCAAGUCAUUCUACUAUUUAUAUUUACAUUUCCUCAUGCCAUUCAAAGAUUGUAUUUAACAUUUGCACUGAUUCCACCACCACAAUCAUUACGAGAUGUAGUUGAAACCUUAAUCUUUAAUUUGUUUAUUCUUCUCACAUAUAUAGCUAGUGGAAUGCCAUUUUAUAUUUACACAUUAACGGGUGGUAAUAUCUUUCGAAGUACACUUUUCCAUGUUCUAAAAGCAAUCGUUAACAAAAUUCUAUGUCACUAA